CAGCUUUAUUAAUCAUCAGGCAACAUUGCUCACAGUCGUUAAAUUGUGUUUACAUUUUUUGAGUAGGUACACGUGUUUGCUAGUUUCGGUUAUAAGAUUUACUUGUACAGUUAAAAUAUGAAUAACGUUUUAGAAAACUCUAAUCAAGAUAACAUCAAAAAAAUUAAAUCUGGUUUAACUUUUUCGUCACCUUUAAAUGACAAUUUUAAUCCUCCAGAUAAAAAAUCAAGUUGUACCUGGCAUAAAAAUGUUGACAGAACAACAACACCACAUACAGUUCAUGAUUGGAGAAGAACUUCGAAAAUUUUACCAAAUGCACUUGCUGCUAUUGGGAAUACUCCAAUGAUAAAACUUAAUAGAAUUCCUCAAGCUGAAGGACUAAAAUGUGAUUUAUAUGUUAAAUGUGAAUUUUUCAAUCCUGGAGGAUCAGUUAAGGAUCGCAUCGGUAUGAGGCUUAUUGAAGAUGCUGAAAAACAAGGUAUUCUCAAACCAGGAUCGACUAUCAUCGAACCUUCUUCUGGAAACACUGGAAUCGGAUUGGCGUUGGCAGCAGCAAUAAAAGGUUAUAGAUGUAUUAUUGUUAUGUCUGAAAAAAUGUCUAAUGAAAAGGUAUCUGUUUUAUCUGCUUUGGGAACGGAAAUAGUUAGAACGCCGGUGAAUGCAGAUUCAAAUUCAGCUGAAGGAAUGUUCGGAAUGACGCAUAAGUUAAGAAAAGAAAUUCCGAAUUCCGUUAUAUUGGAUCAGUAUUCAAAUCCUGCAAAUCCUUUGGCACACUAUGAUACCACGGCAGAAGAAAUUUACGACCAAUGUGACAAAGAAGUUGAUAUGAUUGUUAUGGGUGCAGGUACAGGUGGUACGGUAGCGGGAGUCGGACGCAAAUUUAAAGAAAUAUCACCACAGACUAAAAUCGUAGCUGCCGAUCCGGUAGGAUCAAUUUUAGCUCUACCAGAAUCUCUUAAUGAAACCGACGCGGGAUUUUAUGAAGUAGAAGGAAUUGGAUAUGAUUUCGUACCAACAGUUUUGGAUAGAGAUGUUGUCGAUAUAUGGAUCAAAACAACAGACGAAGAAUCACUUCCUAUGGCAAGAAGAUUAAUUCAGGAAGAAGGAUUGUUAGUUGGAUCAAGUAGUGGGGCAGCGGUAGCAGCGGCAGUUAGAGCAGCGAAACAUUUAGAGGCAGGUAAAAAAGUUGUUGUUGUUUUACCUGAUAGUAUAAGAAAUUACAUCACAAAAUUUGUUUCUGAUCAAUGGAUGGAAGCUAGAAACCUUAGGAUGCCUAAGAAUACCAUGAAUCACUGGUGGUGGAAUGAUCCAGUGACAAAGUUAAAUCUAAAUAAAUUACUUUUGGCUACAGUUGGUAUGAAGUGUGAAAAAGUUUUAAGUAUGAUAAAAAAAGCUGGUAUUGAUCAAAUUCCAAUAGUGGAUAGCACAGGGAGUAUGGUUGGGAUGUUGACUCUACAGAAUUUGAUGCAGGGUUUACUAUCUGGUAAGGUAAAGCCUGAAGGCAGUAUCGAAAGAUGUUUAGUUAGAAUAUAUCCUAAAGUUCAGAAAUCCGCAAAUCUCGGUGUUGUUUCCAGAAUUUUGGAAAGGGAAUCAUAUGUUUUAGUCUUGGAUUCUAAAGGAACAAAAGAAGAACCUAUAGGAAUCGUCACCGCUAUAGAUCUUCUUCAGUAUACACAGAAAUAAUGGUAGAAUAUUCAAAUUCAGUUCACUUUUUUUACAUAUCUACAUACAUAACUUUCAUAUAUUCUUUAUACAUUUCUUGAAUUUAUUAGUUUAUCUUUCAUAGUUAGUAAUGAUAUAAUGUUACAGUAGAGGGUAGAUUAUCGAAACCGGUUUUUGUUAUUUCGAAUAAAAUGAAACGAAAAUAAUAUCAUUAACUAGAUGUUGAAUAUGUAUUGGUUUAUUUCAAACUGUAUACCUAAUUUGUUCAUUGCAUUUGUGUGAAACCCUUUCCGACUGGUUGUGGAUAGCUUACUUUCAAUUUGAAACCUUUCUUUGUGAGGUGUAUUGUGAAUUUGUGUUAAAUAUGUCGUCAAAAAAAAGAUAACUAGUAGUUCUGUCAUGAAAAGAUGAAAUGGAAAUUAUUAUAUAUAUAUAUAU